AUGUUAGUGUGGCGCACUCUAGCUUGGCUGUGUAGCCUGGACUUGCUGUCAGUGUCCGUCUUUCUGCUGUCGUUGGUGGUGGGCCGUCUGGCGACUCUGUGGUGGCGGAUGCGACGACUACCCCCCGGCCCUUACGGCAUCCCUGUGCUCGGCUACCUACCCUUCUUCCGCGGCGAUACCCAUCUCCACUACAUGGAACUGGCGAGACGAUACGGCCCCGUCUUCAGCCUCCGACUCGGCAACCAGACCGUCGUCGUGCUCAGCGACUACAAGAUGAUCAGGGAGGCUUUCCGGAAGGAGGAGUUCACCGGAAGGCCGCAGUCGGAGUUCACCGACAUCCUAGGAGGCUAUGGUGUUAUCAACAUCGAUGGCAACCUAUGGAAGGAUCAGAGAAGAUUCUUGCACGAGAAACUCCGCAAGUUCGGCAUGACUCUGACCGACAGCGGAAGGACCCACAUGGAGAACAGGAUAAUGAGAGAGGUUCAUCUGUUCCUCCGCAGUUUGGUGGAGAACCGCAGUCCAGAAACCGACCUCAACCCCGUGCUGGCGACCUCCAUCAGCAACGUCAUCUGCUCAAUCAUCAUGAGUGUCCGUUUCACCCUGGAGGACCCACAGUUCAAGCUGUUCAUGGACCUCAUCGCCGAGGGCUUCAAGCUCUUCGCCCGAAUGAGCUACGUGAACUUCAUCCCCAUCAUGCGGUACCUGCCUGGUCUUCUGGCGACCAGGACUAAGAUCGCUCAGAACCGCAGCGAGAUGGGGAAAUUCUUCCAGGAGACAGUGGACAGCCAUAAGAAAUCCUUCGACCCCUCCAAUAUCCGGGACAUCGUGGACACCUACCUUAUGGAGAUCAAGGAGAGCUCAUCCCAGGACCGGCAGAUGUUCGGAGGCCGCGACCCCGACCGCCAGAUCCAACAGGUGAUCGGCGAUCUGUUCACGGCGGGCAUGGAGACGGUCAAGACCACUCUGCAGUGGAGUGUGGUGUACAUGCUGAGACACCCCGAGAUCGCCAAGACUGUCCAAGAGGAGCUGGACCAGGUGGUGGGCCGAGGACGCCUUCCAACCCUCCGCGACCGAGAGUUUCUCCCUUACACAGAGUGUGUGAUCCGGGAGGUUCUCAGAAUUAGCAGUGUUGUCCCUCUCGGCUCCACACACGCAGUGACUAGAGAUGUCCAGCUGGGAGGAUACACCAUCCCCCAAGGUGUCCAGGUUGUCCCUCACAUACACGCUGUACACAUGGACCCUACCCUCUGGGACCAACCAAACCAGUUCCGCCCCGAGCGCUUCCUAACCCCCGAGGGAAAAGUGUUCAAGCCUGAUUACUUCAUUCCUUUCGGAGUUGGCCGGAGAAUGUGCUUGGGCGACGUCCUGGCACGCAUGGAGCUCUUCCUCUUCUUCUCCUCCUUCCUCCACUGUUUCCACCUCGCUGUUCCCGAGGGCCACGCCCCUCCCAGUGUGCAGUACGUGCCGGGCAUCACCCUGACGCCCAAAAGCUUCAAGGUCGCCCUGACCCAGAGGCCGCUGGAGGGUUGUGAGCUGGAUUUCUUGACGGAACACCACGCCAGUCGCACGGUCGGUUCCCACUAGCCUCUCGCCACCCCCUACCGGACAGUUUAAGCCACAUCGAACUUUAAUUGAUGAACUGUCUCGAGCUUUAAUUACUUUAAGGAAACCUGUACACUUUGUUUUAUCAGCUAGAUGUUCCAAAAACUUUCAAAAAUGGUUGUAGUUGUUGAUAUUCUACUGGAAACAUUACAAUGCGUUCAGCUAAAAACAUAUAGUACAUGAUUAGAGUUACAGCAAUUAAGAACAUUGCUACUCAAUGUUAUUCGAUGAGUUAAACCAUAUUUUGAAAGUUCACAAGCACCUAUUAGUAAGCUGAUAAGACAUAGUAUUGAAGUUAAAAUUACGUUCUAGUAAUUUUUAUUCGACUACAACUGUGAUCUCAAGGAGUGAGUUCUAUUUUAAGGAAAAGGACUGAACAGUGAAAGUGCCUUAACCCUAUAUCGCCAUAGUACAAGACGUAUGUUAGGUUCGCAUCACAGGCAGCACAUUCGUGUACAUAGUCGAGUCUGUGUACAUCACAGUGACACGAAGUAUCAUCUAUCUAAUCUUUGUGCACGUCACCAUUUGUGUUCAUUUUGUGUUCAUCCAUCUGUAUAUCUAGUCUAGGGUUGUCUUUUGACAUCGCGUCAUCAUGUACAUGUUUUGUAUUUAUUGUAGGUUAAGUCUAUUUUAGGUUAGGACCACAGUGUUCGGUUGACAAGUUCCUCGCUGCUAGCAGGGCCGUAUUUAUUCAGUUUUAAAAACUAUUUUAGUAAUUUAUUUGUUAUACAAAUGGUAGAUUUUGAUAAUUUUUUUCGCUGACCUAGCCGCUAUCAAGUUUUGUUCUGGUUUAAUUUGACGAGCUCUUGCAGUAAGUACUUUCUUCACAUUCCACGUUCAAAUUGAUAACAGUUGUUCCUUUUUAGCUCACUUCCUGUAUGGUUCAUUUCACACUUAAUUAUAUUUCAAUUGUUGUUUUCUCUGCACACUUUUUUUCUUUAUGUUAAUUGAGAUCUAGAAUUCACCACACUCAAUUGUACCAUCACUUGUACUUACUUUUAUUUAAAUUUAUCCUUGUAUCUUUACCUAGUUUAAUUCUAUUUAUAGUUUCACCAUUGUAACCCCACUGCCACUGUCUGUACUAUGAAUUGUAACUUGCUCAAGCUGUCUCUCAAAUACAAUCCAAGCGCCAAGCGA